CUUUUCUGGAGCCACUUGUGAUAAUGCUCACACCAACUGCGCUCUCCAUACGAGUAUGCGUAUUUGCGACAUUGUGCGUGUGCUGUCGCAAAGGCGCAUCAUAUGCAUCCGGCGGGUUGAGUAAUAAAAAUUACUAUCCGCUGAAUAACAACCGUACACCACAGUUUGGAAUAUCAUUGAGGUCAUCAGGGCAGGAAGAGUGCCGCUAUAAAAACGAGCAUGUGGGCGGCAAGCAAUGACGAAAUCAGCGAACCAUUACCAGUAGUAGCUAAACGUGGGCCUGCUGGACAGGCAAAUCCAAAAUAAAACAAGACGGCAAUCCAGAGUAUCAACCACAUGAUUUCGGGGACAUCCACUUGCAGCUUUUGCAAAUGCCGCCUACAUAUUUGGUAUGUGCACUAUUUUAUGCAUGGGUAAAAAUAAUGAAGGCAAGCAGACACGGAAGAUAACCAAAAAC